CCCCUUCAAGGCGGUGUGGGACUGGCUCAUCCUCCUCCUCGUCAUCUACACCGCCAUCUUCACGCCCUACUCGGCCGCCUUCCUGCUGCACGAGCAGGAGGAGGCGCAGCGGCACCACUGCGGGUACUCCUGCAGCCCCCUCCACGUCGUCGACCUCAUCGUCGACAUCAUGGUCAUCACCCUCAACGUCGUCGACCUCAUCGUCGACAUCAUGUUCAUCAUCGACAUCCUCAUCAACUUCCGCACCACCUACGUCAACUCCAACGAGGAGGUGGUCAGCCACCCCGCCAAGAUCGCCAUCCACUACUUCAAGGGCUGGUUCCUCAUCGACAUGGUCGCCGCCAUCCCCUUCGACCUCCUCAUCUUCGGCUCCGGCUCUGAGGAG